CGUUUUAGUGUUAGGUCCCGCCUACUUUCUCUCUGUUGACCUCUGUGAUUGGUUCGAUCCCGAACCCCAUCAUGCUUGGUUGCAGUGCGGCGAUUGUUGUUGGCGUCGCUGCUGUCAGAAGUCAGACAUCACGGCUCGGCGUUGCAAUGCAGUUCCUGGGGCGUCUUUUGGACACGGUCUCCUCUGUAUCGACCCUCUUCAGCAACCCUUACCGGGUGAGGGACGUGCAGCUGUCUGACUACGGUGGAGGAGGAAAGCUCAAGCUGAGACAGGAUGGACGCCUGUUUCUAUAUAAGAACGCCCAGUGCCAAUCAUGGGACUGUGUGCUUACAUGUCCCGACACACCUACGGGGGCCCUCAGGCUUUUUCAGGUGGGAUCAGAGGAGGACGCCAUGAACUGGUUCCCGCAGUAUGCUCUCAAGCUCCCACCCUUCUUUGAGACACUCCCGCCGAUGAAGGCCGAGACAGUGCAGAUGAUCGUGGACUGCCUCCGCAACCACCCAGAGUGGAGUGUCGCUCACAUCGCCGUGGAUACGGGUCUUAGGGAGUGCCUUAAGCAUAACUAUGUCCAAAGUCAAAUCAACACUCGCGAUGCGCUGGGUCAGACGCCGCUGCACCUGGCGUGCGAGCGAAGCGACUCGGCGUGUGUGAAGGAGCUUCUGGAGGAGAGCCAGGCACGCACGGACAUCAGAGACAACCAAGGGGAGACGCCCAUGCACUUUGCCGCCAAGCACGACUCCCCCGUCAUCGUCCAGGUCCUGUGCUCACGCUUGUGCUCCGGUGUGAACGAGCUCAACAACAACGGGGAGACGCCGCUCCACGUGUCAUGCCGUCUGGGCAGGUUGGAGGCUGUCAAAGCCCUCCUGGGUGGCGGGGCCAAGUGCAACAUCCUGGGUGGCGUCGGCUACCCGAUCCACACCGCCAUGAAGUAUAGUGAGAAGAGCUGUGCAGAGGAGGUCUUAAGAGCGGACCCUGACCAGCUGCAUGCUGAAGACUCUCUGUACGGAGGCACGCCGCUCCACUGGGCUAAAACAGCCGAGAUGUGUCGCAUGCUGCUGGAUAAAGGCUGCACAAUUAACUACCUCAGCAAAACCGGCGAGAGCGCCCUCCACAUUUUGACCAAGAAAGGUCGCUUCGAGGCGGCGAUGGUUCUGCUCACCCACGGCGCCAACGCCAACCUGAGGGGGCAUGAUGGAAACACAGCACUGCACCUAGCCAUGAAGAUGGAUCACAUGGAGUUGAUCAAAGCUCUGAUUGUGUUCGGGGCCGAUGUGGAAAUCCACAACGACUUGGGAGAGACGCCGGGACUGAUCGCUGCUCGCACCAGCAAAGGCCCCAAUAGAAAGAUACUGCUGGACAUGCUGUGUAGUGUAGGUGUGCAACGCUGCCAUCCUCCCACACCUGGCAGCCCUUCCCCGUUCUCCAGCAAAGCUGUAGCGCAGGCGGGCAUAGGUUUUGAGGACAUUAUGCACAUCGGAGCUGCUUUCACAGCAAUGAGCAGAGGCACAUCCCAAGUGGACGGUACCAAGAAAAUGAGAAUUGACAGACUGCUGUGUCUGGAUGGAGGAGGCAUCAAAGGGCUGGUUCUGAUCCAGAUGCUGAUCGCAUUGGAAAAAGAGGCGGGCCGGCCUACGAGAGAGCUCUUCGACUGGGUGGCUGGCACCAGCACAGGCGGAAUCCUGGCCCUGGCUGUAGUCCACGGGAAAUCCAUGGAGUACCUCCGCUGCUUGUACUUCAGGAUGAAGGAGCAGGUGUUCAAAGGGUCUCGACCAUACGAGUCGGCCCCACUGGAGGACUUCCUGAAGAAAGAAUUCGGAGAGAACACCAAAAUGACAGAUGUCCAGUAUCCCAGAGUGAUGGUGACCAGUGUUUUAGCAGACCGCCAUCCGGGUGAGCUCCACAUUUUCAGGAAUUACGACCCGCCCUUCUUACAAAGAGAGUCCCCUUACGCCACCACAGCCACCUUCAAGCCUCUCACCAUUCCGCAAGGAUGGGAGGGUGAGGAUGUGUUGCUUGUAGGAUACACAGUGGAGUCUGCCAGUAAACGUAGGAAGCUGACUGAUGAAGAGCAACUUGUGUGGCGAGCUGCCCGGUCCAGUGGCGCCGCUCCCACCUACUUCCGCCCAAUGGGACGCUUCCUUGAUGGUGGGCUGUUGGCCAACAACCCCACGCUAGAUGCCAUGUCAGAGAUCCAUCAGUUUUACAAAGUUCUCAAAGCAGAGGGCCAUGGAGUUGAAAUCAAGAAGCUUGAUCUUGUUGUUUCCCUUGGCACUGGUAAGCCUCCCCAGGUGGCGGUAAGUUCCGUGGACGUUUUCCGACCCUCCAACCCUUUGGAGCUGGCUAAGAGCAUCGUGGGAGCCAAGGAGCUGGGCAAGAUGCUGGUAGAUUGUUGCACUGAUUCUGAUGGCUGUGCAGUGGACAGAGCCAGAGCCUGGUGUGAGAUGACUGACACCAUCUACCACAGACUGAGCCCUCAGCUUUCUCAGGAGGUGAUGCUGGAUGAAGUCAGCGAUGCCGUUCUGGUGGACAUGCUGUGGGAAACGCAGAUGUACUUGUACGAGAAGAGGGACGUGCUGCAGUCCCUUGCCAAUGCACUGCUCUGAGACAACUAAAAAAAAAGAUGCAGACACUCUUUAGGUGAUGAGCUCAAAACUUAAUGAAACGACUGGAAUCACUGAGAGAUGAGAGGCGUGUUCUUAGUGAAAGUCCUCAAACCGUCAAACCUCUGAAGAACAGCAAACAAGUCCAACAACAGGUUGCAUAUUGCAUUUUUGAUAGUUUUGUGUGUUGUUUUUAGUUGAACUCAUGUCAAGAUCAUUUACUAACCUCUUCACAACCUUUCUCCUUUUAUUUAUUUUAUUACUAUAUAUCAUAUUAUACAUAAUAUAUAUAUAUAUAUAUAUAUAUAUAUAUAUAUAUAUAUAUAUAUAUAUAUAUAUAUAUAAUAAUUAUAAAAGCACAUAUUAGAUAUUGAGUUAAUAUGUUGCAACAUCUAAUAAAAAUUAAAAAAAAUUAUGUCCGCAUAUCAAUAAUUUUGAUUGAUUAUGGUCUCGUUUUGCUGAGUCAGUGUUCACGUUUAAUGUACGACUGAAGGAAAAUUAAUCAAGCAUUACGGAUAUUUCCUAUCAAACCAUAGAUAAGCAAAGAAAUGUGUAAGUAACUCUAAUCUAAUGUACAGCAAAAUAACUAAUGUCCAGAAACUAAAAAAUUCAACUGCUGAAUUGCAAAAUGCAAUUGUAUAACAUUUUCACAAUGUGAUAUAUCUGCAAUAACGUAUUGAAAUUAAAUGUGGUCAAGUAAAACAUUUUUACGAAUCCUGUAUAAAUAUAAAACACUGAAGUGCUAGUUACCCAUUUUAUAUGAACAUUAUAAAAUAUUUAAAAUAUGAGUCGAGUAAUGUGCUGUAAGGUUAAUGGCUGGUGAGGCUAUUGAAUUCUUUGUGUUAUUAUCCUUCAUGACUAUUUUGGUUUUGUUGCCAACUUUCGGUGUUUAGAAUAACUUCCUGUACUGGUGUACACUCAUUUGUACUUUAACUUUAACUCUUGUUUUGUCAGUAUUUCCUGAUUGGUCUCUUAGUUUUGAAACACCUUAAUUUCUGUUCCAUGUCCUGCCAGCACACCUGAUUCUCAUUAAUACAAACCCCGUUUCCAUUUGAGUUGGGAAAUUGUGUCAGAUGUAAAUAUAAACAGAAUACAAUGAUUUGCAAAUCAUUUUCAACCCAUAUUCAGUUGAAUAUGCUACAAAGACAACAUAUUUGAUGUUCCAACUGAGAAACAUUUUUUUGUUUGCAAAUAAUCAUUAACUUUAGAAUUUGAUCCCAGCAACAUGUGACAAAGAAGUUGGGAAAGGCAGCAAUAAAUACUGAUAAAGUAGAGAAAUUCUCAUCAAACACUUAUUUGGAACAUCCCACAGGUGUGCAGGCUAAUUGGGAACAGGUGAGUGCCAUGAUUGGGUAUAAAAGCAGCUUCCAUGAAAUGUGAAGUAAUUCACAAACAAGGAUGGGGUGAGGGUCACCAAUUUGUAAGCAAUUUGUCGAACAGCUUUAGAACAACAUUUUUCAAUUAGGUAUUGCAAGGAAUUUAGGGAUUUUACAAUCUACGGUCCGUAAAUCAUCAAAAGUUCAGAGAAUCUGGAGAAAUCACUGCACGUAAGCGAUGAUAUUACGGACCUUUGAUCCCAAACUGACAUCAGUGUGUAAAGGAUAUCACCACAUGGGCUCAGGAACACUUCAUAAAACCACUGUCGGUAACUACAGUUGGUCGCUACAGCUGUAAGUGCAAGUUAAAACUCUACUAUGCAAAGCAAAACCCAUUCAUCAACAAUACCCAGAAACACUGCCGGCUUCGCUGGGCCCGAGAUCAUCUAAGAUGGACUGAUGGAAAGUGGAAAAGUGUUCAGUGGUCUGACGAGUCCACAUUUCAAAUUAUAUUUGGAAACUGUGGACGUGGUGUCCUCCGGAACAAAGAGGAAAAUAACCAUCCGGAUUGUUAUAGGCUCAGAGUUCGAAAGCCAGCAUCUGUGAUGGUAUGGGGGUGCAUUAAUGCCCAAGGCAUGGGUAACUUACACAUCUGUGAAGGCACCAUUAAUGCUGAAUGGUCCAUACAGGUUUUGGAGCAACAUAUGUUGUCAUCCAAGCAACGUUAUCAUGGACGCCCCUGUUUAUUUCAGCAAGACAAUCCCAAACCAUGUGUUACAACAGCGUGGCUUCGUAUUAAAAGAGUGCGGGUACUUUCCAGGCCCGCCUGCAGUCCAGACCUGUCUCCCAUAAAAAAUUUGUGGUGCACUAUGAAGCGUAAAAUACAACAGCAGAGACCCUGGACUGUUGAACGACUGAAGCUCUACAUAAAACAAGAAUGGGAGAUAAUUCCACUUUCAAAGGUUCAACAAUUAGUUUCCUCAGUUCCCAAACGUUUAUUGAGUGUUAAAAGAAAAGGUGAUGUAACACAGUGGUGAACAUGCCCUUUCCCAACUACUUUGACACGUGUUGCAGCCAUAAAAUUCCAAGUUAAUUAUUAUUUCCCCAAAAAAAUGUUUAUGAGUUUGAACAUCAAAUAUCUAGUCUUGUAGUGCAUUCAAUUGAAUAUGGGUUGAAAAUGAUUUGCAAAUCAUUGUAUUCCGUUUAUAUUUACGUCUAACACAAUUUCCCAACUCAUAUGGAAACGGGGUUUUUAAGUUCUGCUUAGUUCCACCUGGGUCCCUUCUUCAGUGCUGGAUCAUUAUACUUAGUAGUCUGAUUAGUGUGCUGGAAUUGUUUUUCCCUGCUUUUUGUUGCCAUUAAAUCUAGUUUUACUUGCA